CUCCAAGUUCAAUCGUGCUUUUGAGAGAAAGAAAGAAUUAAAAAAAAGUAUCUUUGGAGCCUGUAAAGAGCCUUUAUCACUACCGAAAGAAGGAAAAUGGGUGAAAUUCCUCCAGAGCUUCAGAAGAGCCUUGACGCGACGAAGGUAUCUUAUGUUCAGCUCGGAAGGUCUGGCCUGAGGGUCUCGCUUCCCAUCUUAGGAGCCAUGUCCUUUGGACACAAAGAUUGGGCUCCUUGGGUGGUAGAAGACGAAUCGGAGGUAGAAAAGCUGCUUUUGGGCGCAUACGAGAGAGGAUUGAACACCUGGGACACAGCGAACGUCUAUUCGAACGGCGUGAGUGAGGAGUUGAUCGGCCGCAUCAUCAAGAAGAACGGCAUUCCACGACACAAAGUCAUCAUCCUCACCAAGUGUUUCGGUACAGUGGGAGAGACGCCCGCGCUGUCCCAUCUGAAGUAUCCCCAGAUGAAGAACACGAGGGACUACGUGAAUCAGUCAGGUUUGUCGAGACAGGCUAUUUUUAACGCAGUCAAUGCCAGUCUAGCGCGUUUGCAGACUGAUUACAUUGACCUGUUGCAAAUCCAUCGUUUUGAUCCGACAGUACCAAUAGAAGAGACGAUGGAGGCGCUCCAUGAUCUGGUCAAAAGUGGAAAAGUCCGGUACAUUGGGGCGAGCUCCAUGUGGACAUACCAGUUCGCACAGAUGCAAUUUACGGCAGAGAAACACGGUUGGACCAAGUUCGUAAGCAUGCAAAACCAUUAUUCUCUUUGCUACCGAGAGGAGGAGCGCGAGAUGAACAAGUUUUGUCACGAAACCGGUGUUGGCCUUAUUCCAUGGUCUCCACUGUAUCGAGGACACCUCGCAAGGCCAGUGGACAGUGGCGAGACCGUUCGCUCCGAAUCAACGAAGAAGACUCUUUCAGCGUUCUCAAACAUUACGGCAGAAGAUAAAGCGAUAAUCAAGCGAGUUGAGGAAUUGGCUCAGAAGAAGGGUUGGAAGAUGUCUCAGGUUGCGUUGGCCUGGAUCGUGCAGAAGAACACGAUUCCCAUUGUAGGUUUCAGCAAUCUGGAAAGGCUGGACGAAGCUGUCGAGGUGAAAGGCAAGACUUUGACAGAGGAUGAGAUGAAAUAUCUUGAGGAGUUGUAUAUUCCUAAGCCUAUCGUUGGACAUUUUUAAGAAAGGCCAUGCUAAUUUGCAUCAAGCUGGCCAUGAUUUUCAAGUGUCUUAAGUGACAUCUGGUGCUUGAAAAGUCACUCUGUUGGAUCCAUAAGCCUCGAUUUUGGAAUCAUGUCUAAGUAGCAAUUAAUAAGUCGCCCAUUGCGUGCAGAACAUGACCAGAGUGUCUAGAGAAAGAGUGGAUGAAUACGACAAUCUCUAGACAGAAGAGCAGUAGUUGUCAUUCUUCCACCCAGAGUGUUGUUGGUGCCAUGAGAUAUAAUCU